CCGAACUGUCUCAUCUUACCUCCACGUCUGUGAAUUGCUUAAAUAGCACCUAGUAUGCCAAUCGUUACCUCCUUGUGCGUUUUUAACAUGUUUUUGUUGUUAGUUUUGUCCAAAUAUUUACUUUGUUAUCACUUUUAUACUCCAUAAACUGAGGUCGAAAUGCAAACAUAACUUUAUUUUAAUAAAUAAGUCAAAGGGUAUCGUCAAUACAUCAUAUUACUUAUUUUCUUUGCACAUAUUCUUGAAAUAUUGGUGAGAAUCUAAAGCCUAUAGCUUAUAUUUUAGAAAGCCGUGGCAACUUUACGCUUGGUGGACACUAGAGAGUCCGCUUCAUGCGGGAGGUGAUCUGAGAUCUUUUGACGAAUUCUUCAACUUGACUUUCAAUUAUCGACUUGACGCUGGAGUUUACGCCCCCUAUGGAAGUAUUAACCUUAUUCUACGUGAGCUGAGAAAGUCGGGUGAAACGGAAUUAGAGCCGCUGCUUGAAAGAAAACGAAACUCCGACAAGAUGGCGGCGUGGGCGGUGAGCAACUGCUAUGGAAAACGAAUGGAUUUUGCUAAAAGUUUGAUGGAUGCUGGACUACAAGUAGAUACUUUUGGUGGUUGCUUUGGAGGACGACAGAUAGGAGGCGGGAGGUACUCUGAUACUUUCUACUCUGAGUUACAAAAGUAUAAGUUUUACUUUUCGUUCGAAAAUUCUAUUAACUGCAAAGAUUAUUUCACCGAGAAGUUCUGGUUUAACGGACUUCGCUCUGGUGCGGUACCUGUGGUCUGGGGUCCUCGGAAGUCAGACAUUCUGAAGGUCGCCCCAACGAAAUCUUUCAUUCAUUCCAAUGAUUUUGAUACACCUGGGGAACUCGUAAAAUACCUAAAGUACCUCGCUACUAAUGAAACCGCAUACGCAGAGUAUCUUCACUGGAGAACUUGGGUAAAUCAUCCGGAGAAGAUAGAGACGAGGUUGCGGUUGGAGAACAGAGAAAACGAUCUUCGUAGUUUCUGUAAGUUGUGCAGUAUGGUACAGUCCGAUGGCCGGGAUCGUAAAAGGGGAGUUAAGUCCCCAGUAAGGAUUGUGCAUUCUUUAAACGAGGCUUGGAUUGGUACAGAGAAGGGUGAGUGCCACAAGUGAAUGGCGCCAUCAGGUAUAUUGGUUGAUUAUAUAUAUUAUAUAUAUACAAUAUAUUUCUAUUAUGUAAACUAUCUUAUCAACGACCAAGGAAAGACUCAGUUUCGUAAUUAUUAUAAUGAAUGCUGUCUCCUAUCUUUAAAAAGGUUUUGUUGGGUGCUUUGUUUGAAAGAUUUGUUAAGUUAUAGUAGGAUGGGGGAAGAUGGGACGCCUUUAGCACAUGAUAUCCAAAUAUCCUGAUCGUGUUUUAAACAAUUAACAACGGUCUUUCGGAGUCAUGAGCAUA